AGCAUUAAACCAUGUUCAAGUUCAGCAGGAAAUUAAGUGAAGUGUUACUGCAGUGGAAUUUUAAAAUUAUCCAUAAGGCACUGCAACGUAAACGCAGACAGGGCAAUAUGGGAACAUCUCAUACUGUCACAGUGAGCAUUCUGCCAGGUGCCCGAUGUAUGUUUGAUGAACCAGUGCAGGUUAAAGUCAAUGGUCUUUCCCCUAAGCAGGAGGUUACCUUAAAGGCCACCCUAACAGAUGAAACUGGGGAGACAUACAGGUCUUUUGCAUACUACAAGGCAGAUGAAAAUGGUGAGCUGGACCUCAACUGCAGUGCAGCCAAAGGUGGGAGCUACUCUGGAGUUAAACCUAUGGGGCUGUUCUGGUCUCUUGCCCCACAAACUCCCUUUAAAAGACUGAUGAAGAAAAAUGUAUUGUCCCCUUAUUAUGUCAGUAUUGAGGUCUACAACAAGGCUGAUCUGCCUCUAGCUAAAUGCAUAAAUGAGAGGUGGUUUAUAGGUGAAGGGGUCACAAGAACACUGGUAAGAGAAGGACAAAUAAGAGCAACACUCUUUCUUCCUCCUGGUUCAGGCCCAUUUCCUGGGAUCAUUGAAAUGUAUGGAGUUGGAGCCCACCUCCUAGAACAUCGGGCAUGUUUGUUAGCCAGACAUGGAUUUGCUACAUUGGCUUUGGCUUAUUAUGGUUACGAAGAUCUCCCAACAAACAUAAAUGAGUUUCAUCUAGAGUAUUUUGAAGAUGCUGUAAAAUAUUUACUUAACCACCCCAAGGUAAAAGGUCCAGGAAUUGGAGUGUUAGGAUUUUCCAAAAGUGGUGACAUUGCCCUUGCCAUGGCUUCUUUUUUUCCUGAGAUCUGUGCAGCUGCCAGCAUUAAUGGAUGCAUUGCAAGUAUCACCUCAGUGCUGCAUUACAAAGGGAUGACAAUCCCUGCACUACAAUAUGAAACAUCCCGUAUCCGUCCAACUGCAUCAGGAGCGUAUGAUAUCUUGGAAGCUGUAGAUAAUCCUAUGGAAGGUACUAAUCAGGCAAGCCUUAUCCCAAUUGAGAAAGCCCAUGGGCACCUCUUGUUUGUGGUAGGAGAGGAUGAUCGGAAUUGGAAGAGUUCAUUCUAUGCUUCAGAAGCCAUUAAGCUCCUUGAGAAACAUGGAAAGAAAAACUACACUAUUUUAAGCUAUCCCAUGGCAGGUCAUUACUUGGAACCACCCUACUUCCCAUGGUGUGCAGCUUCUUUUCAUGUUGUGUAUGGCCUACCUGUGCUGUGGGGUGGGGAUCCAUGGAUGCACAAUGCAGCUCAAGAAGAUGCAUGGAGAAAGAUUCAAGCAUUCUUCCAAAAACACCUCAAUGGAGAGAAAAUCAGAAACCAACUUUAAACUCAGAAGCUCUUUACUGUUUGGUAGUUCAUUCUGACGUUGUUAUUUGGUGAGGCUAAUAACAUACAUUCUACAGGUGUGAUUCUUUGUCAUUUUAUAAAAUCUGUAGAAAAAGCAGACUCUCCUCAUGACCAUAAGAUUACACAUGAAACUGAUUUUGUGUACCACUGCUGUAUUGUUCCUUAUGGCAACUGUAUGCAGUUUCAGUGAAAAUGACCUAAAUUCACCCGUGCUAUAGUCUGAAACAAUCAAGAAAUCUGAACUGAUUAAGGUACUAGAUGAAUCCCUGUUAUGUUCCCAAGAAGAAAAGCAACAGCAGCCUAUAGACUAUUUUGUUGGCAAAGACAUUAUGGCAUGCCUGCAUAGAGUGCAUAAACUAACACUGUGGCAACACUGCUUUACCGUCUGUACUGAGCAAAAUGCAUUAUAUAAUCAUAUUUACUUACAGUUACUCAGACUGCAUAUUUCUACUUCAGAAUAGUGCAACAUUCUAUGGAUAAUGUUAUUGUAGCAAGAUACUACUGUAACUGUCAAUAGGAUGACAUUUUAUUUAUCCUCUGUACAAUAUGUUACAAUGUUGUUGCUUCUCUGCUGAUGUACAUUCAGUAUGUUUGUACUUAGGUUCAUGGGUGCCGGAACCAAAGGGCAAGGGGAGAGGGGAGAAAGCCCCUCCCACUUUCAACAACUGCCCAAUAUGCCCUGAAUAGCGAUUACAUGGAAACAUUUGCACUGACAUUUUCAAAGUACUCAGAAGGUCAGACAGUAAGAAAAAGAUGAUUUGAUGAUAAUUGUCUUCUUUCUACCCGAGCACAUAGUUACCGUGGAAGAGUCUAUGUGAGUGUUUUUGAGGUACACCUGUCAACUUCUUUCAUCAAGAAUUUUGGACAAAGCCAAAAUUCAUAGGUGACGAAGGCCCAAAACCUGGGAUUAUUUUUAAACAUUACUUAUGCAUUUAAAAUUUUAACUGAACAGUUUUUACAUCAACAUGGAUUUUCUCAUUAGUAUAAGUAUGAAAGUUUAAUGUCUGGCAUUAACCACUGACUGUAAUCCUUUGCAUACAUUUCAACUUUUGCUUAAGAAUUCUGGACAAAGUAAAAAAAAAAAAAAAUAUGGGUGGAUAAAGGACAAAACACGGACAGAUUUUAAAUAUUGCUCCUAUAAACCUAGAAAGAUGCUUGAAUAACAGGUUUUGCAUUAGCAUGUAUUUUCUGAAGGAUAUGAAGUCUCAGACUUGACUGUUUCAUUAUUUAGUGGGCACAGUCCUCAAUGGUUUGCCAGAAAUCCAAAAAUUUUAUGAAGAAAAGACCAAAUAUAUGAGGCAAAAAUCUGGACAUUCUAUGACAUUCAGGAAAGUUGAAAGGUAUGAUCCUGAGUGAUUUACCAGAAAAAUCAAACAUUUUACAAGGGUUAGAGCAAAAAUAUGAGGCAAAAACAGGGAUGUUCUACAAAAUUAUGAAGACUUUAUUGUUUGCUGUUUGUUUACUAGGUAAGUGGGCAGGGCUGUUGACCCUUUUCAGAUGCCACCAGAGAUCAACAGCAGUAAAGAUAAUUUACUCAAGUACAAUAAUACAGUACAUUCAUGUACAUACUUUGUACAGUUAAGAGGUAUGUUUAAUGUCCAUAAGUUGGCACAGACCUACGUGUUUAUUGACGUUCAACCACUGAGUACCAGGAUAGGCUUUGGAUCUCCUUUCUAAUAGCUUGUUUUAGGCAGAAUUUGCCACAGAGGUACAUUUCACUGGAGCUAGACUGACUUCCUGUGUAGUAAUCAUUUUGCUGUAUUUAAAUAAUUCAUUCAUUUUCUUACACCCAUUUUAUGCUAGUCAGGAUCAUUAUGGGGCUAGGCAAAGAUUUCCUGACUUGCUAUGGGAAUAAGCCAUAAAAACAGUUUAGAUUCAUUGAUAUUCCAAGGCCAAUACAUCUUAUGACCAUUCACACUUUAUCAGUACCCUCCCUCAAGUAUUAUGUCUUUUUCCAAGGAACAUACCAAUGAAACCCAGAGUAAAUCUCUGCAUACCCAUCCAGUUACUAGUUUAUGUUUAAAGUAAGAUAGUGAAUCACAUUACUGAACAUGUAGGGGAGGUUUAUUCCAAAGGUUUGGGAGGUGCUGCCUUAUAAGUAUGCCUCUCCACUGUGCAGUAGAUAUCUGUUGGUGAAGAUUUAAGUCCUUGGUUCUAGUUUUGGUGGAGAUUUUGGACUUGUGGAGAAGCAGGAGGUCCAGAACAACUGUGUCUCUAAUUGUGCAGUAAGCAAGACAGACUUCCCUUUAAAAGUCUGUAAGACACUAAA